CCCUCACAUAUCGCGAGAAGCCAGGAUCUUGACUUUUGAGCUGUUCGUUUUUGUUAAUAACCACGGUUGUGGUUUCACUUUGGUUCGUGAGGAGAUUAUUGGCUUCCUGUAGUUCCCCCACCAUGGGAAUUCUGGAUUUCUCCGUUUAUUUAUUUUUUUAAAAGUUGCUCUCAGUUCCACCUCCUGUGGGAGGAAGAAAUGUAUAAGGAACCCGGAAGAUAAUAUUCCACGUUGUGAUGCCUCAUAACAUCUGUUUUGUGCUUGUGGUGGGUAAAAUCAACUUGGCUGUCCUGCUGUUCUUUGCAACAAGUUUCUCUUUGUGCUUAAAUGACAGAGUUGCAGAGUUUGCUCUAACAAAAAAAGAAGACAGCAAUUUAAAGGAACAGAAUAAGAAAGAAUUGGUGGAGGAGGAGGAAGAUCUUGAUUCUGAAGACUUGGAAGUGUUUUAUCCAACACAUCAGUGGCAAAUCGUCCGUCCAGGUCAGGCUGUUCCUGCUGGGUUACAUGUGCAAUUAAAUCUUCAGACAGGAGAAAAAUUAGCCAAGAUUCCAGACAACAACAAUGAAAAAAGUAACAUUAAAGAUCUACCAAAAAAUAAAAGGUUGGGCCAUAUUGAUAUUGACUCAAGCUCAUUUACAACUCAAGAACUCAAAAAGGCUUUGUCUAAAAUGAAGGAGCACCUGAAGACAGAUGAUACACUGGAAGAAAAGGCUCAUAAGGAAGAUGUCAGACAAAGGUUCCGUCCCAUUGAAAAACUUAAAGAAGAGUUUAAAGAGCUCAAUCUUCAGCUAGAAACAGACUUUGAAAUUAUGUUUAAAUUAAUCAACAAACUCAACAGUUCUACUUCAACGCUGGAAGAAAAAAUAGCAGCGCUUCAUGAUCUUGAAUAUUAUGUUCAUCAGGUGGACAAUGCAAAAGAUUUGCAUUCCUUUGGUGGUCUACAACUUCUGAUUAAUGCGCUAAACAGCACUGAGCCAUUGAUGAAGGAAUAUGCAUCCUUUGUUCUGGGAGCUGCACUGUCCAGCAACCCCAAAGUUCAAGUUGCAGCGAUUGAGGGUGGUGCUUUGCAAAAACUGCUGGUUAUUUUGGCUACAGAUCAGCCACUGCCUGUGAAGAAAAAGGCACUCUUUGCUUUGUCAUCCAUGCUGCGGCACUUUCCCUAUGCCCAGCAGCAGUUCCUCAAGCUUGGAGGCCUUCAAGUGCUUCGAAGCCUCUGCACAGAGAAAGGAAUGGAGACGCUGCAUAUCCGCAUCGUGACUCUUCUCUACGACUUGAUAGUGGAAAAGCUGUUGCUUAAGGACUCACAUGAUGAUGAUGAUGAUGAUCAAAUACAGGAGAGAACACAGCAGUACAGCCAAGUGAACUUGGUGCCAGCCAUUGUGGAACAGGGCUGGUGCACAAUCAUCUCAAACCUCCUCAUGUUGCCAGAACAUGACACCAGGGAAAAGGUUCUCAAGACUGUGCAUGUGAUCCUGGGCUUCUGCAGCGACAGCUACAAAGGGGAUCAUAACCUCAACCAAACACUAAGCCUUCUUCGCCAAGAAUAUGAGGAGCUGGCAGCAGAAGAGCAGAAGGAAGGGGAUGAAGAUGGCUAUUUUAAGGAGCUCCUUAGCUCUAUAAAUAGCAUUGCCCAGCAGCUGAAAUGAAGGCUACAGUGGCCUUGCUGAGAUGUAAAGAUUCAUUUGGAAAUGAAUAGUGCCUAAUAAACCAUUGAAAAAGC